CGUCGGGCGGGAGGCACCAGCCGGUAACCGCCGAGUGGCCGGAGCGCGGGGCGGGGCCGAGGCGGUGAGCGCCGGGGCAAGCGGGCUUGUGCCCGGGGGCGAGCCGGAACCUGGUGGUCCGGCCCUGCAGGGCUGGAGAUUGGGGCGCUGUGAGGCUGGAAACCCGCUCUGAGCUCAGCCGUGGUGCGGGGAGUUCAUCUCACCGGGCGCCGGAGGCGGAAGAGUGAAGUCAGGGCGUAGUGGGUGAAGAGAGCCUGUGCUGAGACAUGGCCACUUAUCAUCCAGCAGGGCACAUACAACUGCCCCGAGCAGAUGCCAUUCGUUCACGUCUCAUUGAUACCUUCUCUCUCAUCGAGCAUUUGCAAGGCUUGUGCCAAGCCGUGCCACGUCACACUAUCCGGGAGUUACUUGAUCCUGUCCAUCAAAAGAAAAUUAUAUUGGGAGACAAGCACCAGCUAGUGCGCUUUUCCAUAAAGCCUUCUCAUGUAGAACAGAUUACAUAUGCACAGAGAUUGAUGAGCAGGCUUCAGGUGCACUGCAGUAAGAGGCCACCUCUUUCCUUGUGGGCUGGAUGGGUCCUUGAGUGUCCUCUCUUCACAAACUUCAUCAUCUUCCUCAUCUUUUUGAAUAUGAUCGUACUGAUGGUUGAAAUAGAAUUGCUGGAAUCCACCAAUACCGAUCUCUGGUCACUGAAGCUGGCUCUGGAGGUAGCAGCUUGGUUCAUCUUGCUUAUUUUCCUCUUAGAGAUUUGGCUUAUGUGGAUGUCCAGCUUUUUCCUCUUCUGGAAGAAUGCCUGGAAUGUCUUUGACUUUGUCGUCACUAUGUUGUCCCUGCUUCCUGAGGUUGUGGUGCUGCUAGGGGUAACAGGCCAGUCUGUGGGGCUCCAGUUACUGAGGAUCUGCUGAGUGCUGAGAUCUCUUAAACUCUUUGCAAGAUUUCGUCAAAUUCGAGUCAUUAUUUUGGCCCUGGUUAGGGCCCUCAAGACCAUGACCUUCCUCUUGAUGUUGCUACUCAUCUUCUUCUACAUUUUUGCUGUGACCGGUGUCUACUUCGAGAAUUAUACCCGUUCAAGUCGCCAGGAUCUGGAGUACCACAUGUUCUUCUCGGAUGUGCUGAAUUCCUUAGUGACAGUGUUUAUUCUCUUCACCUUGGAUCAUUGGUAUGCAUUGCUUCAGGAUACCUGGAAGGUACCUGAAGUCAGUCGUAUCUUCAGCAGCAUCUACGUCAUCCUUUGGUUGUUGCUUGGCUCUAUUAUCUUUCAAAAUAUCAUAGUAGCCAUGAUGGUUACUAACUUCCAGAAUAUCAGGAAUGAGCUGAAUGAGGAGGUGACACAUCUGAAGGUUCAGCACAAAGCCGACAUAUUCAAGCGGCAGAUUAUCCAAAGGAGACAAAACCUGUCCCCUGAGAUGAGGUCAAGCCAUGGCAAAAUGAUUACCAGACGAGUUGGUCAACAAGACUCAUCAGUAACUUCUAAGGGGAGUGCCAGUGGAGAGAGUACGUUAGUGACUGCAUCAAAAACAAAAGGGUCCUCAUCUUCCUCCUCUUCCUCAUUGUCCUAUUCCUCGUGUGCAUCUAGGUAUUCUGAAUAUAUAGGUGAGUUGGACUGGGAGACUCAUGUGCACCAGAAUCUGCCUGGGCUGAUGGAAAUGGAUCAGGAUGAACGCAUUGUUUGGCCCAGAGAUUCACUGUUCCGAUAUUUUGAGUUGUUGGAAAAGCUUCAGUAUAACCUAGAAGAACGCAAACAGUUGCAAGCGUUUGCAGUGCAGGCACUGAUGAACUUUGAAGACAAGUAAAACCGACAAUGGAUGGCUUCAAUAUCUUUGGCCCAGCAAAAAAUAAUGAAGGGAAUAGUUGGAAAGGGAAAAUUCAAAGUAUAAAUGUCUAAUAAAUAUUGCUGACAGUU